UGAACCACUUCAGGACCAGGACUGAACCACUACAGGACCAGGACUAAACCACUUCAGGACCAGGACUGAACCACUACAGGACUGAACCACUACAGGACCAGGUCUGAGGAGAACUGAAGCACGAUGGACUAUGAACCAAAGAAAUCCAAAAAGGGUUUUGUCUCCCCCAUUAAGCGGUUGGUUUGGUCCAAGUCUGGUCGCAGGUCUGUAGAUCGAGGCAGCGUUUACCGCCGCCCGCUACACACCGUCCCCCUCUAUCCCCCCGACUACGUCAUCCACCCUGAGAGACUGAUCUUCGACUACGUGGAGAAGGAGGUCAAGUUCCUUGGUCACCUGACCUGGGUGUCGGUCACACUGAAUCCCUCCAGUCGAGAUGAACUCUUACAACUACUGGAUACAGCCAGGCAGCUGAAGGUUUUGCCGUUGAGGACCAGUGUGGAUCAGGACUGUAUCCUGAGUCUGUCCGCUCGUUGUCUGCUGCUGACGUGGAGAGACAACGAGAAGCUGCUGAUGAGGGUUCCCACUCAUGAGAUCGCUGCUGCCUCCUACCUGAGAGACGACGCACUGCACCUGCUGGUCCUCAAGACAGGUCUGAACGUGGACACUGUGGUUGCCGGGGACGAUAGCCUGGACAGAAAAAAGCCGACAGCCAUCGACGGGCGACGCCAAACAAUGAGCUGCAAUGCCGACCCGCGGCCAGCCGGGGGCACAAUGGAGCGGCGACACACCAUCUGUGGAGUGGACUGGAGGCCGUCACUGUCCAGAAGUAACCACGAGAAAAACCUGAGCGUGGACCGAGGGGGUGGAGGGGGGGAGAGAGGAGGAGGAGGGAGUCUGGAGAGGAAGAGGGUCGGAGGCAGCUGGGAAAGGAGGCAGCAAACACGUAAACCUGGAGGCAGCUGGGAAAACCGCAGGGCGAGGCCUGUGAGCGGGAGCUGGGGGGUGGGGGGGGGAGGAGGGGGGAGCUGGGAGAAAAGGCAUGGAGGAGGGGGGAGCUGGGAGAGGAGAGGAGGAGGAGGAGGAGGAAGCUGGGAGCGACGGCAGGCCUGCACAGGAAGCUGGGAGCGGGGGAAGAGCUACGGCAGCUGGGAGAGGAGGAACCACAACCCGCUGGAGCCCACGCCCUGUCCGGACGCCUACUGCAACCUGGUCAUCCUGGCUGUGGACAACAGGGACGCUGCAGAGGAAUACUGUUCUCUGAUUUGUCAGAUGUUCCAGAUCAUUUAUGGCCAUCAGACCAUCGAGUGUGUGGACAGGGCGGGGUUUCACCACACCAUGCCGGACCGCUAUUGGCUGCAGAGGAGUGACAGUUGUUUGAGCGACAGUUCGUUCAGUUAUGAUCCAGAGUUCAGCUGCUGCAGCUCGUACGACGGUUCCCAGGAUGCAUUUGAGCUGUACUACAGUGAGACGUACAGUGAGGGUUCAUCAGUGUCUCUGCAGGAGUCUCAUCGCAGUCUGACCUCAGCCAGUGACCCAGGAGACAAUAACCCCGCCCUGCUGCUGAUGCACGAGUACAUGAUCACACUGCGGAACAAGCUGAGUGCAGUGGAGCUGCAGCAGUUCGCUGUGUUACUGAGAGAAUACAGACUGGGAUCAAACAUCCAAAGCUUCUGCUCUGAGCUGCUGCAGCUGUACGGAGACGACCACAAGUUCCUGCUGCUGGGUGAGAGACAUGGAGAGAGAGAGAGAGACAGAGAGACGUUCAGGAAAUAUACGGAUCCCGUCCAGGUUGAGUCCAUUGGCCUCAGAACAAUUUGAAAUAUAUUUAAUUUCCUGUAAAAACCAGCUUCUCGUUUUCUCAGCAGGUACGACAACUGCUCUCUGGCCUCAGGAUCUCAGGAAUUCAACCGACGCAUCUCGGACAUCACCCACGACAUCCAGGCGCUCGGCUUCCAGGACACACACGGAGACAUUGAGGAGGAGGACUACUACCUCUGAUGGAGGCAACCUGCCCCAGUGCCUCUGAGCAAGACCAACUCGUCCACACGCCGUGUUUCCUCCUACAUGUAAACGGUCUGAUGUCCUUUUAAUGACGUUAUUGUGCAGAAGAACAAAGUUUUUUCACUUUGUUUUAACUAUAAUUGUAGGAACGUUGAAUCAGUUUUUAAAAAUAUUUAUAAAUGUUCUUCUUCUGUACUCCCACAGUUUUCUAAUGAUUUCAAUGAUCCAGGUUGUAAGAACAUUCAGCUCGUUCAGGACUCGGCUGCUAAUAUUCGUCUUUUGAUACUUUUUGAAAUGUUCAACUUUUUCAAUUCUUCAAAAACGUUCAUCUCUUUCAAAGGUAUCUGCUUCUUCAUACUUUGUGCUGGAGACUUCAGUUUGUCAGUACAGACGGGUUUUUCUUAGCUCUCUGCUUUUUCCCUUUUCUAUUUUUAAGAAGGAGAGAAAGCCUCUGUUUGUUAGCAUGAGCUUUGUUAGACUGUCUCUGUCUCCUCAUGUGUUGACCCUGUACCUACAGCAUUCUUCAAGUAGGGGUUUAACAGAAUUUACAAAAUAGAAAUCUUCUUAGUCGGCCAAAAAGAGAAAAUAAUCUGGGUCAACUAAUUUCUUGGAUUAAAUUAGACGUGAGAAGUCGUUAUCUUGGACUCUGAUUUGAAUUUCACAUUAGCAAGGAAACUAAAACUCUUUUCCACUUUAGAAGCAUAGAAAACAAGAGUCUCCAGCUCAUUCUGAACUCUGCAGCUUGUUUAAACUAUUUUAUUUGAUACAUUUAAAUCAACAACUAACUUUUCAGCUUUCUUCAGCACAACAUGUCAACACUCGAAGUUUCUCGUUCAAAUUAUUUUAAAUGUAGGUUUUAAUCACAUGAUGAACCUGAGUCAGACUGAAUGAUCUAUGUUAGGGUUAGGGUUGAUGGAUGGAUGGAUAGAUGGAUAGAUAGAUAGAUAGAUAGAUAGAUAGAUAGACAGAUAGAUAGAUAGAUAGACAGAUAGAUAGAUAGAUAGAGAGAUAGAUAGAUAGAUAGAGAGAUAGAUAGAUAGAUAGACAGAUAGAUAGAUAGAGAGAUAGAUAGAUAGAUAGAUAGAGAGAUAGAUGUGUUUCUCUCUCAUGACGGCAGCGUUAUGACCUUCCCAUGGUGCAUUGCUCCUCUGCCCCCGGCCCUUUGCUCUGCCAUCGUCACUGAACAUCAAAGAGAGAGAGACAGUGCACCAUCAUUAUGUAACAGAACAAUACUGUGUAUCAUCAGCAGGGUGUGUGUGUGUGUGUGUGUGUGUGUGUGUGUGUGUGUGUGUGUGUGUGUGUGUGUGAUAUACAGCUCUGUAAUCUCAUUUACAAUCAUAUUAUCAUCAUCCUACAUGAGACAAACACACACACACUUUUAGUUUCACUGUUAAUAUUUGUGUUUCCUUUUUAUCUUGUUCGUCUUCUGAAAAGAUUUGCUGUCAUGUACGAAACAUUAUGUGUGAAUAAAGUUAUAUUGAUUGAU